UUUUAUUACCUAUGCCUAGUUAACUAGCUAAGUCAACGCAGUCGCCUUGAAUUUAGUUGAUACAUAGCGUUUGCCUGGAAACCUCUGGUUCAUUUUAGCUUUUGGUGUGUCAAUAAGCUUAUGGCCGAAGCGAGUUGUUUCAAGAUAGUUAAAGACUCGGAUUAUAAAGUGGAAUUUGAUCAGAAAAGCGAGAUUGUUGAGAGCGAUUUAAACGACUUUAAUACAAUCACUGGUAAACAUAACGAAAGUGUAAGCGCCAUGUUGGGUAAUAAUUGUGAAUUAUCAGACUGGUUUGAUGACGAUUGUGACUUCUUUACCUGGGAAGGAGACAUGAAAGUUGCAGGAAGCGAUGAAAAUGUUUUUGAUGAUGCAAUAGAGCCAUUACGAGACAAUCAUUUCUGUAGCACAAAUGACAGCCUGGACAAGGAUCAUUUAAAUUACAAUUACAUCAAAAAGUUGUACGAUCAGGGACUGAUCAGUGAAGACGCUGAUCUUCAUGAAAUUUAUGCCAACGGAGAAGAUCUAACGGGCAAGAACAUUCCUGUUUCAAGCAAGUGUUCGGAAUAUGCGCCAUCAAAAAUAGAUGACGAACAUCUGUCCUCAAGCGACAAUGAAAAGGACAAUUUUGUAAAUAAAACAGAGCAUGUUUUACUGUCAAAUGCCCAAAAACUUUAUAAGGAAACCUUUAACCAUUUUUCAGAAGAAUUCGACCCCAAAAUGUCGUUACGUUUUGGCGGGAAAGGAUGCGUGAAUCCUGGGGAUAAGGUCUCGAUGGUCACGACACGCAGUCGACGUAGCUCCCGUGGUGCUUCCGGCGAAACAACCAGAAACAUGACAACAAACAUCAAGCUGCACAAUGGACUUAAAGGCACGCGUCUUUCCAAUGCUGGAAGUGUUCAAAAAGUUAAGCAACUUGGAAGGAAUCGAGUAAGGUCAAGUACGUCAAGUUCUUCAUAUCAACUUGACGACACUAGUCCAAUUUCAAGUCCUGAAGCCGAAGUACCUUGCGUUUCACCAGUGAACACGGAAGAGUAUAUCAAUGAUGAGGAUUUGAUAGCUCUGGAUACUAAGGAACUGAACAGACGAGUGCGACAUCUGCAGCCGCGGAUUGUCCAGCAGAUUAAGCAUCGUAGGCGGACUUUGAAGAAUCGGGAAUAUGCCAAGUCUUGUCGACAAAAGAAGAUCGACGAAGCCAGCAGUUUACAGCGAAGCAACGGUGAUUUGGAAAAGGAGCUCGGUAGUUUACAAAUUGAGCUAGAACUCGCCUUGUUUCAACGCGAUGAAUGGAAAAAUAAAUUUAUGAAUUUGUUACGGAUGAGGACGGUAAACAUCCAGUAAUAUGUACGAAGCAUUUCAAAUUAUUCUACGGAGAAAAACUAAAUGUAGCUGUUAAAAAUCUUUUCAUAAAUAUGUUGGUUAUAUUAGUAAGCGAACGGACGCUCAUUUUAAAAUAUGGAACAGUAUGACUGUGUACUAUUGCACUUAACCCUCAACUCCAUGCGUUGUUUGUUAAUUAAUUUUUUACCGAACCACCAUCUUCCUAUAUAUCUGACAUCUGUCAGUUUAGUUUAAACCUGUCACAUUAAUCCAUGUCUAAUAUACUUCAUUACGUACUAGAGCACAACUUACCUGUGUGGAGUUGAGGGAUUACUAUCUUUAUAGUUACCUGUGUAUGGGAUUUAGUGCAACUAAGCAAUAACUGUCUGUAUAUAGUUGGUUAGCAAGAAAUCGCUUUAGAAAGCCCUUUAUUGCGGCUUGCUUGUUAUGUUAAAAUUAUUCACGUUAUGUUGCAUGAGCGAGUAGUAUAAUUAUAAUUAUUAUUGUACACUAUAAUUAAUUAUAACUGUAGUAUAAUUGUAAAUUAUAAUACGUCGUUUCCAUUGCGUUUUUAUCGUUGUAAAUAAGCAGAAAAAUUUUGUUGUAAAACAUGUUUGAUGCUUGCCUAAGAAGGCUAUUGUGGAAUGUUGAAAUAUUAAACAAUCAUUUCUAGCCAUGUA